UGAAAGAGACAGAAUUUGAACUAUGGGGCUUUAUAUUUGUGAUGCUUGCUGCUGUCAUGUCUGGGUUCCGCUGGUGCAUGACACAAAUUCUUUUGCAGAAAGAAUCAUAUGGGUUAAAGAACCCUCUUGCCUUGAUGAGCUAUGUUACCCCUGUGAUGGCAUUGGCAACGGGUCUACUCUCACUUAUGUUUGAUCCCUGGCUUGACUUCAGAAGGAACGAUUACUUCUAUGAUUCUUGGCAUGUCCUUCGAAGUUCAUUUUUGAUGCUUAUUGGAGGUUCAUUAGCAUUUUUUAUGGUUUUAACUGAAUAUGUUCUUAUUUCAGCUACCAGUGCUGUAACCGUCACGAUAGCAGGUGUUGUCAAGGAAGCGGUCACUAUUUUGGUUGCAGUAUUUUACUUCCAUGAUCAGUUUACAUUAUUGAAAGGGAUUGGGCUUCUCACUAUUAUGAUUGGUGUCAGCUUGUUCAACUGGUACAAGUAUUUGAAAUUGAAACAUGCUCACCCUGGGGAGAAUGACAAAGAUGCUGGGCUGUCAAACACCAAUGGUGCUGCAAAAUAUGUUAUUCUUGAUAAUAUGGAAGAUCAGGAUGAGGGCCCUUGAUAAUCUACAAGCUGAGUUUUCCAAAGUGGUGAGUGUUUGCUCUGUAGUUGUAGAACCAAAUGUUCAUAUCUUACUAGAUGUAUCCAUUCCUUUCCAAUGGUUCCAAACACACUUAUAUCCUGCCAUUUGCCUAUAGACGUACAAGUAUAUACAUAGUCAAUGCUGUCAAUUAGCUAAUGGGAUUGCUUAGGUGUUUGUGUACGUUAUGAAUUUCUCACUUCUAUCACGAAUUGAUUUGACGAAAUCCUUGUCACAACCAUAUUAUACUCCUUAUUUGACAUAAUCCUAGAAGUUCUCUUCCAUAUAUGAUUUUGCAGUAUGAAUAUUACAAGUAGGAAAGUUCAAAAAGUAACUGAAUGACAUGGAUUAAUAUCAGUGUUGGACAGCAUGAUGAAGUCAUUUACUGUUGAGUCAUACUAUAUUUUUGAAAAGAGUGGCCAUGUGGAAUUCAAGGCAAUAAAAUAAACUUUUUUUUUCUUUCUUUAUUGUUGAAUCUGAAUUCCAUUUGCAGAUACCACAAUAUACAUCUGUAAACGAAAAUUGAAACUCUAAAUACAACCUAGGACCUUUCCUUUUGCUGCCAAAAUUAAAUAGACACAAUCUAGGAAUGAAAACAAACUUCCACUAACAAUUUGAGUAUAAAUGAUGUUCCUAGAAUAUCACAGUGAAUAUGGAAAUAUUUCUGAAAAACAAAAAUAAAUAGCCAGGAAGACUUACUCGAUUAUGCCUAGGGUCACCCCCACAGGACUUAAUAGACCCCACACCCGAUUUCCUGACUGAUGGUACACUUCAAUCCUAUUGGUCUUGCUGAAUUUUGAUAGCCGGGAAGAUUCCUUAGGCAAAACCUCUUAAACUAGGAUUAGAGUGCAUAGAAACACAAUUAGGGCAUGCUUCAAAAAGACACCUCCCUUUUCUAGGGUUAGACUAGUCCUUUCUCUACAAAACCCUAGUUAGGGUUAGGUGUGGUUUAAUGUGUUUAUGGGUGGCAUGGAACAGUGAGAGCGAUCAGAGAGAUGGGCAUUAUAGAGAUGAACGAGAGAGAGUUAGGGCAUGGAGGGGAGAGAGAGAGAGAGAGCAUUGGGAGAGAGAGGUUGGAGAAUUGUAUUGAAAGAGAGGGGGUAGGCCCAAAUGGAGUAGGCCUUAAAGGUUAUGGUUGGAAGUAGUCCGAAAAGAUAUGAGGACUUAUGGCCUCACUAAGG